GGCCUUCAAGAAAUCGGGAGCCUUGCAAAAACGCCCAAUAGCAUUUAAGAGCGGUGUUACUGAACUGGUUGGAGAGUUGCUUGAAAGAGCAGAAUUUUUAAUGAAUAGUUCUAUUAGUGAGGUAUACAAAAAACAUUUGUUUAAGGCAAGAAAUGUUUUUGAGGACUUUGCUGGUUGGAUGGGUUGUAGGCCGUAUCUAGCCUCCAGAGAGUUGCUAGUAGAUUUUUUUACCUGGUUGAAAGUAACAGGAAGACUAUCCGAGUUAUCAACUUGUCUGGCUGCAGUGGCGAGAGAAUACAAGAUGAGAGAUUUUGAAGACCCAACAAAGGGUAGUUCGAUUUGUUUUUUGGUUGAGAGUAUUAAGAGAAUGACUUCUUAA